AUGACAGUACCGCCCCUGCGAGCCCCAGCGCCCCAGCGCCAGCGCUACGGAACACCGCUUCGGGCGGCACCACCACCACUUCCCGUCACCACCAAAACUGCCGCCGCGCCGGGUCCCAAAGACGGGAUCCAUAGUACCACGGCCUGGACGAGUACCUACCCAACACCUCGCCCACGGCGCCCUUGCACGCCGUCCAACGCCAAGCGUCCCGACGUCGUCUCGGCGCCACCCUCGCGUCAAGCGCGCCUUGGCCUCUGGGUCGCUGCCUGCCGGCGACAGUGCUCAGCGCCGCCCGUCCAAACCGACUCCCGGCGCGGCCACGCCUCGACACGGACAGGUCCCGAACCCUCGUCCAUCGAACCCCUCCCGGACGCCGAGACCUGCGCCUGGGCGAGGGUACGUGUAUCUCGCACCCCAUGUGACCGCCCUGCCGACGAGGUACGAGCCCAUACGAAGUAUUGCUUCACUCACCUUGUCCCGGCUUGCCGGUCCCCUAUCGAACCCUCGUCGCUCUCGUCCAACCCUGCCCGCAGGCCAAGCCUGUCCAGCGCCAGCAGACGGCCGUCGGCAGUUACACAGGGCGCGCGCACCGCCGAAGCGAAGCAUCACAAACCACGCUCACUGAGUGGAUGGCGCAGGAUUGCUUGUCAAACAGCUAACCGAGAGCCGUCUGGAUCGGCAACGCGCGGCGCACUUGCGGACCGCAAAAGGCUGCCGUCGUCCCAAUUUAUCGGCCGUGUCCUGGUCCUUCUCCGUGGGACGGAGUACUCCGUGUCCAGCUUCGAGACCCCCAAUCGUCCAUCGUACAAGGAGCGGCGCGGCCGUGAUGUUGCCGUCGUGCUUGUGCGUCACCACUUCGUUCCAGAUGCGAGGCACAGUAGAGUACGCGAAGCCGCGAUGCCAGCGCCAUGCACGGCGAGGUCGGACUCGUUUGACGAUGAAGUGACGUCUCGCAUUGCCGGUCGUGCCACCGCCAAUGCCACCAUCACCUUUGCCGAGCCGCCGCCUUGUGGACUGCUCCUCUGCUGCUUCUUCUGCUUCCGCGGCGAGCACCGCGCAACUCUCCCAGCGCCGUCGGCGCAGUGUCGUAGCACAUGCGGGUGUGAUGAAGGCUUCUUGGCCCCAAGGCCCAGACGCUGGGUCUCAGUCUACUUGGACGAGGUGCCAGGCUUGGCAAGGCCAGCUUCCUGUUCUGAUGUCGACGACAGGGGGAGCUGCACGUGCCGCCUCCGAGAGCGGCUAGCCAGAAAUCCGGUGUCCAAGUCUCUCUCUCUGACCGGCUAA